AUGGUCUCUACAGCGGAUAGUAAAAACGCUCCUAAUGGAACGGCUAAACAAAACCGUAUAAUCAAUGUUACUCACAUGAUACCUUACACACCACUGCUCGAAAACGCCGCACAAAUUUCGGAAAAUCCUUCCGUUUCACAUCAUUGGGUUUUAAAACCGCGUCGAGGCCACUCUGCUCUUUACUCUGGUUUAAAUUCGUUAAGUUCUACUUGGAAUAAUCAUUAUGUGGGUUACAUUGGAACAAUACUCGAUCCCGAAGAAAAAGCAAUUGAGUUUAGCGAUUUUUCAGAAGAAUUUAAACAAUCAAUACAAGAAUGUUUAAAAAAAGCAAAUAUUUCUCCAGUUUUUCUUGAAAAUGCCGAACAUCAUGGUCAUUAUGAUGGGUACUGUAAACAUGUAUUAUGGCCAUUGUUUCAUUACAUUUUAUGGGAUACCGCUACUGAUGGUCGCGAAGAAAAAACGAGUUGGGAUCAAUACGUUAAAGUUAAUAAAAGAUUCACAGAUAAAAUUGUGGAGAUCUAUAAGCCGGGGGAUCUAGUAUGGAUCCAUGAUUAUCAUCUUUUGUUGGUUCCUGAAAUGUUACGAGAAAUACUCCCCGAUGCUGCAAUUGGUUUAUUUAUUCAUGCCCCAUUCCCUUCCUCUGAAAUUUUCCGGUGUUUACCUAAGAGAAAAGAAAUUUUGAAUGGAAUGUUGGGAGCAAAUCAAAUCGGAUUUCAGACAUACUCAUAUUCAAGGCAUUUUAUUAGUAAUUGCACGCGUGUUUUGGGUUAUGAAUCGACACCGAGUGGUGUAGAUGCUAAGGGAUCGAUAGUAUCCAUCGGUACUUUCCCUAUUGGGAUCGAUUCUGAGAGAGUCGAAGCCCAAAGGAAGCAUCCUGAUGUUGCACCAAAGAUGGCAGCAAUUAGGGAAAUGUAUGCGGACAAGAAGAUAAUCGUUGGGAGAGAUAAGUUAGAUUUGGUCAAGGGUGUUCUUCAAAAAUUACACGCUUUCGAAAAGUUCUUGGAAGAUUAUCCUAAAUGGCAAGGAAAGGUUGUUUUGAUACAAGUCACUUCCCCAGCUCUAAGUGAAUCACCAAAAUUAGAGAAAAAAGUAUCAGAGGUCAUUGCUAAGAUAAAUGGCACAUACGGUUCUCUUGAAUUCACUCCUGUUCAUCAUUAUCAUAAUCAUAUGGAUCAGGAUGAAUAUUAUGCGCUCUUAAGUGUUGCAGAUCUUGGUCUCAUUACUUCUGUACGCGAUGGAAUGAACACUACAUCACUUGAAUAUAUCAUGUGUCAGCAGGAAAAUCACGGUCCACUUAUCUUGAGCGAGUUUACAGGAAUGGCAGGGUCUUUAGGAGCUGCUAUAAUGGUAAAUCCUUGGGAUUAUGAUGGAGUUGCAAAGACAAUCAAUGAUGCCUUAAGUUUGCCUUCGGAAGAGAAAAAGGCAAAGCAUAUGCAACUAUACAAACAUGUUACCGUUCAUACGGCCCAAUUUUGGGCAAAGUCUUUUAUCAAUGAAUUAGUUGCUAGUCUGAAUAACCACAAUCAAUCAAGUAUUACCCCAUAUCUCGAUAUGGACUAUUUACAAAAAAAAUAUAAAUCUGCCAAAAAACGAUUAUUGCUAUUCGAUUAUGAUGGAACUUUAACACCGAUCGUGAGAACUCCAAGCGCGGCAGUUCCUCCACCUCGUAUGCUUGAGGCAUUAGAGGAACUUACUAAUGAUCCUAAUAACACCACUUGGGUCGUUUCUGGACGUGAUUCAAAUACAUUGGAAAAUUGGCUCGGCUCUGUUAAAAAACUUGGAUUUAGUGCAGAGCACGGGAGUUUCCUUAAGAAUCCAGAUAGUGAUAAAUGGAUUAACCUAACAGAAAAUAUAGAUAUGAGCUGGAAAAAUGAUGUGUUAGAGAUCUUUAUAUAUUACACUGAACGUACACAAGGAUCUUUUAUUGAACACAAACGUUCUUCUAUUACAUGGCAUUAUCGUCAGGCAGACCCGGAGUAUGGUGCGUUUCAAGCCAAAGAGUGUCAAAAUCAUCUUGAAAAUGCAAUUCUUCCGAAAUUACCUGUCGAAAUUCUAUUAGGAAAGAAAAAUUUAGAGGUCAGACCAACAUCAAUUAAUAAAGGAGAAAUUGUAAAGCGUUUAUUGGCGUCUCAUCCAGAUGUAGAUUUUGUAUUCUGCGCUGGAGAUGAUCGAACUGACGAAGAUAUGUUUAGAUCAUUGAGAAAAUCAGAGUUGCCAAAUGAUAGCUAUUUCUGCACAACAAUUGGUGCGGCUAAUAAGAAAACACUAGCCGGGUGGCAUGUUUCCUCUCCUGAAGAAUUAAUUCAGGCUAUGCAAAAAAUGGUAGAAACUAGUAGAAUGAAUUAA